AUGGAAGCAAAAUUUGAUGAGUGCAACAAGCGGGAUCUCUGCUGUCUGCGGCGCUUGUGCCAAUCAAAGUGGGUUUAUGCAUCUGAGACAUACAUGGGUGCUGCGAGGUGUCUGUACAUUGAGGCAAAGCUGGAUCAUGAAGACCUGUUGGGACUUGAUUCAAGAGCCUCUCUACUAAUUCAUGCAUCAUUAACAUGGCGACGAUUUGCACGCCGUAAUAACGGGCGUGAAUGA